GUGUGGGAUAAGGGAUAAUUCUGGGAUAAAUUCGAAGGAUAAUUCGAAGAAAGGUCGGUUCUCUGGUUCAAAAAUGAAGAUAAAUGGUCGAUUGCUCGUCGUUUGCACGAUUCUCUUGGCUCUUCUGGUUCCGAUGAAAGCGGAUAUCAAGAGAGAAUGCCGCAAGCAGUCAAUGGUUUCAUGGGAAUCAUUGAAAAAAUUAAAAACCGGCGAUUUCGAGCAAGAUGAUCCACGAGUGAAGUGUUAUGUAAGAUGCUUUAUGAUAAAAAAUGGUAUCCUCAAUGACAAGGGUCAGUGGACGGAUUUGGAAAAGGCGCUUCAACAUUUACCGAAAUUUAUGCAGGAAUCCUCGUGGGAGAUAUUCCAGCGAUGCAAGUCUGUUUCCGGAGAUGAUCCCUGCGACAAAGCGUUUCAAGUAGCCAAAUGUUACGUCAAAUUGCAACCGCUGAUUUUGGAUUUCGUUUCCUUCGUCUAAUGGUUCUAUUAAACUCGCAUAUGCG